AGAGGCGCACAGACAGAGCAGGGAGGGGAGCAGAGCCGACCAUCAGCUGUGCGUCUCAGCCAGAUGAACCAGCACCAACACCCCCGCGGACCCGGCUCUGAGCUGGGCACCCAGAGCUAGGGCGCAUGAAUUUGCGCCGCACGGCUCUGCACACGACAUCUCCUCCAUUGACUCUUACUUUUUAUAUACAUAUCGUGUUUUCUUUCCACUGUCAUCAUGGUGCUGGGCAAAGUGAGGGCCUUGGCGAUCUACUUUGACAGUUUGAAUGAGAACAACCUGCCGGCGUUCUCAGGGGGAGAGCUGGUGUCAGGGAGGGUGGUCGUGGAGGUCACCGGGGAUGUGCGGGUGAAGAGUCUGGACAUAACCGCGAGAGGAGUCGCCAAGGUCCGGUGGACAGAGUCGAGGAACGCCGGAGCCAACACGGCGUACACUCAGAACUACACAGAGGAGGUGGAAUACUUACAUCACUACGACACCUUGAUAGGAGAGGAGAGAGAUGAGGAUUGUCCAGAGGAAGGUCUGACUGUUCUGCAUGCCGGCCUCCACGAGUUUGCUUUCAGCUUCAACCUGCCUCAGAUGGCCCUGGCCACAUCUUUUGAAGGGAAGCACGGCAGUGUCAGGUACUGGGUGAAAGCUGAACUGCACCGUCCGUGGCUGCUCCCUGUGAAAGUCAAGAAAGAGUUCAUUGUGUUCGAACACAUCGACAUCAACACACCGCUGCUGCUGAAGUUAAAACUAGUUGUAUCUGAACAGGCUCCUCAAGCUGGAACAAAGGAGAAGACUCUGUGCUGCUGGUUCUGUGCCUCAGGCCCGAUCUCCCUUAGUGCCAAGAUUGAGCGAAAGGGCUACACACCAGGCGAGUCUAUCCAAAUCUUCGCUGAGGUGGAGAACUGCUCCUCCCGGGUUGUGGUGCCCAAGGCUGCGCUGUACCAGACCCAGACCUUCUACGCCAAGGGCAAGGGCAAGCAGAUCCAGCAGCUGGUGUCCAAUCUGCGAGGAGACCCCCUGCCGCAGGGGAAGAGCCAGAGCUGGGAGGGAAAACUGCUCAAAAUACCUCCGGUGUCCCCCUCCAUCCUGGACUGUCCUAUCAUCAGAGUGGAGUACGCCCUCAUGGUAUAUGUGGACGUCCCCGGGGGCUUGAACUUGUCUCUCUCACUGCCGUUGGUGAUCGGGACCAUACCUCUCCACACCAGCAGCACCCGCACUUCCAGCAUAAGCAGCAACUGCAGCACUUUGACCUGGCUGGGCCUGUCGCAGACACCUGAGGCACCACCAAGCUACAGCGAUCUGUCAAUAUCAGAGUCCCACAGACAAGAUUGUCUGCAAGGCUGUGAUAGGUCUGACGGGGUGGGAGAGGACCAGGGAUCUCUGCUAACUUAUAUCACAGAGUUCAGAUAUCUUCCCCCGCCAGUCUACUCUGAGGUUGACCCCAACCCAGACCCCGUGGAAGUGUGUCAUGGAGCCAUAGAUGUCAGGAGACCUUACACGUGUCCAUCCCGCUGAGGAGAGCUCUAGAGCUCAGAAGGCUUCUGCACAAACAAGACACCGUCACCCUCAGCUCCCAGGCCCACACAGCCAGCUUCUCGCUAGAUUAUAUACCACGACAAAUGAGGCUGUACCCUCCCCGACACGGGAAUGUCAGCUGAGA